AUGGAUCGGUUCUCGGAAGAGCUGAGCCUGCAGGCCGGCCGGUUGAUGGAAGGUCUGUGCCUGGAGGAGUCGGGCUGCCAGUCUGAGGUGGCUUUGCCGUGUUACACGGGUGAGAGGGGAAAGCGGUACUCUGCGGAGCUGUACAGGGCCGGUUAUGAGGGGGUCCCCCCAGGUCGGGGCCCCCUGUACCCAUCCUCCUCCAGCAGCCCCCGUUCCAGCGUUAGCGCCCUGAGCCCGCGCUCCAGCCUGGUGGUCCCCGGUGGUCAGUACGAGGGUUCAGCGUUGAGCCCCCGCUCCAGCUACGCCAGCACGGCCAGCGACACCAGCAAGCACUCGAGCCCCCGGGCCAGUCUGACCGGCUACGACGGUGGUGGCUCCAAACCCAGCAGCAACCGCACCAGCGGCAUCUCCAUGGGCUACGACCAGCGGCACGCCAGCCCGCGCUCCAGCACCGCCAGCCAGUACUCCUGCACCACCAGCCCGCGUUCCAGCUACUCCGACCCGCGCUACGUGCCCACGGCGACGGCCAACCACGAGGCGGACGGAGCCCUGGUGAGCCCACGCUCCAGCGUCUGCCUCAUGCAGGACGGCCGGGCGGCCACGCUGGGCUCCUGCAACCCGUCGGUGGCCAGCCCACGCUCCAGCAUCUCUAGCCACAGCUCCCGGAGUUCCCGCAGCUCCCGGGGGUCCCUGGGGGCGUACGGCGACCUGCCAGUGCCCUCCCCCCGCUCGUCCAUGCUGGGCCCCAGCGUACAGGAAGAGGAUCCCGGAGGAGAGCCGUGCCACUAUAGAGUCCUCGCCCAGUCCCCUCCGCGACACGACGAGCUCAGCAACUCAUCGGGGGUCUCCUACAACUUCAGCGCCGUCAAGGGCUCCGCCACCCUCCACCGAUUCAAGGUGCCAUACCAGGUGACGCCGUCCAAGGAGAGCGGGCCGAGCCAGGCCGAGAAGAGGCUGGAGGCCCUCACCCUGGAGCUGGAGAAGGAGCUGGAGAUGCACAUGAAGAAGGAGUAUUUCGGCAUCUGCAUAAAGUGCGGGAAGGGGGUGUACGGAGCCAGCCAGGCCUGCCAAGCCAUGGGGAACCUCUUCCACACCAACUGCUUCACCUGCUGCUCUUGCGGGAGAAGAUUGCGGGGGAAGGCCUUCUACAAUGUCAAUGGAAAAGUCUACUGCGAGGAAGAUUUCCUGUAUUCCGGCUUCCAGCAGACAGCAGACAAAUGUUUUGUGUGCGGCCAUCUUAUCAUGGAAAUGAUCUUGCAGGCCCUGGGGAAAUCGUACCAUCCUGGCUGCUUCCGCUGCGUGGUGUGUAACGAGUGCCUGGAUGGCGUCCCCUUUACUGUAGACGUGGAGAACAACAUUUACUGCGUCAAAGAUUAUCACACAGUUUUUGCACCUAAAUGUGCCUCAUGCAACCAGCCGAUUCUGCCGGCACAGGGUUCAGAGGAGACCAUCCGUGUGGUGUCCAUGGACAAAGAUUACCACGUGGAGUGUUAUCACUGUGAGGACUGUCACCUGCAGCUGAACGAUGAGGAAGGUCACCGCUGCUACCCCCUGGACGGGCACCUUCUGUGCCACAGUUGUCACAUCCGCCGUAUAAACGUCACCAUGCCUCAGCCUCCUCACCCCUCCAGCUAUCCCAUGCACGUCACGGAACUCUGA